AUUUAUAGUACGUCAUUUCCUCCCAACGCCCUCUUUUUCACCGUCUGGUCAGAUUUCCAUACGGCGUUGUUUCGUGCUCUCCCAUCACUCGUAACGCAGGGAAAGUGGUCACGAUGUCCGGAGGUCUGGAUGUCCUUCAAAUGAAGGAGGAGGAUGUGCUGAAGUUUCUGGCAGCAGGAACCCAUCUGGGAGGCACCAACUUGGACUUCCAGGUGGAGCAGUACGUCUACAAGAGAAAAAGCGACGGUGUGUACAUCAUCAACCUAAAGAAGACCUGGGAGAAGCUGCUGCUGGCUGCUAGGGCCAUCGUUGCCAUUGAAAACCCAGCUGAUGUGUGCGUCAUCUCCUCCAGGAACACUGGACAGAGAGCAGUGCUGAAGUUUGCCUCUGCCACUGGUGCCACCACCUUCCACGGUCGGUUCACCCCUGGUACAUUCACCAAUCAGAUCCAGGCAGCUUUCAGGGAGCCCCGUCUCCUGAUUGUGACAGACCCCCGUGCUGACCAUCAGCCCCUGACUGAGGCUUCCUACGUCAACAUCCCCACCAUUGCCCUGUGCAACACUGACUCCCCGCUCGGAUAUGUGGACAUUGCCAUCCCCUGUAACAAUAAGGGUCACCACUCGGUGGGUCUGAUGUGGUGGAUGUUGGCCAGGGAGGUUCUCAGGAUGAGGGGAACAAUCUCCAGGGAGCACCCAUGGGAGGUCAUGCCAGAUCUGUACUUCUACAGGGAUCCUGAAGAGAUUGAGAAGGAGGAGCAGGCUGCUGCUGAGAAGGCUGUCGGAAAGGAGGAGUUCCAGGGUGAAUGGAGCGCUCCUGCUGCAGAGUUCACCCAGCCAGAGGUGGCUGAUUGGUCUGAGGGUGUUGCUGUGCCAUCUGUGCCCAUCCAACAGUUCCCUACAGCUGCUGCAGCUGUAACAAAGACAGAGGACUGGAGCACUCAGCCGGCCACAGAGGACUGGUCCACUGCUCCCACCGCCCAGGCAUCUGACUGGGGAGGUGCUGCUGCUGAUUGGUCUUAAAUCAUUGACUAUGGCAACAAUAAAACGGUGUUUUCACACUUUGA